ACCGCAGCACAAAAUGGUUCCUGCAUAUGAACGGACCAAAGCUUUGCUGACUUUCAGCCUUCUUCCUCCUCAUCGUCACAGACACAUCAGCAGCUGCAGCUGCAGCUGUAGCAGCACGGAGACGCUUCAGACUGAGCCGAGAGAUGAGGAGAAUUAAACGGAUCUGUGUGCGCAGCCCCCCGGCGCACAUCUCCAUCUACCAGUGCGCAAUAAUUGAAAUGGCGCAUUUGGCCGCAGGCUGCUGGAGGGGCAUAAUGCAUGACGAUAGACGUCAUUUGGCUCCAGAGCCAGAGGGAUGUUUGAUGUUGCUAAAAUAUAUGAGAGGUCGGCAGAGAGACGUGGAUGUGCAGGCAGACAGGAGGAGGAAGAGACAGCAGCUCCAGACUGAAUCCAGCGUGAAGACAACAGGACGGAUUUAUGUUCACAGCCUCGCGUUAUUGAUGGAUAUUUAAUUCUUCUGAUAAAUCAUCUUUCUGUCACAGCAGGCGGAGGAUCUAUUUACUGUCCUUGGUUGACAGAAACGAGUUGGGGCGAGAGAAAAGAACAAACCGCCCCGCGUUAUUGUAACCUAAUCCUGCCCCCGGGGGUCUGAAGGGCCCCGGGCUCCCUGCUCCUCUUUCAGCCCUCCUCUUUAUUCUUCUGGAGGAGACACGGACAGGCUUGUUCACCUCCUUCUGCUUCACACACACACUCUCUCACACGCACACACACACCGGAGAAGACAGCCUGGCGAGGACGUGAACUGAAGACCAGCCGGUAUCCGCACAUUUCAAACCACGGGACGGAGCAGACAGACGCCGGUCUCCAUGUCGUCUGUGUCGGUGUCCUCUCAGGAGGGGCGGAGCAUGUCCAGGAUGUCUCUGAGCCGCUCACCUGUGUCCCCCAUGACCGCUCAGGGCAUCCCGUCCCCCGCCCAGCUCACCAAGGCCAACGCCCCCGUGCACAUCGACGUGGGAGGGCACAUGUACACCAGCAGCCUGGCGACACUCACCAAAUACCCCGAGUCCAGGAUCAGUCGUCUGUUUAACGGCACCGAGCCCAUCGUGUUGGACAGUCUGAAGCAGCACUACUUCAUCGACAGAGACGGAGACAUCUUCCGCUACAUCCUCAGCUUCCUGCGGACCUGCAAGCUGCUGCUGCCUGAAGACUUCAAGGACUUCCCCCAGCUGUACGAGGAGGCUCGGUACUACCAGCUGACUCCGAUGGUGCGGGAGUUGGAGCGCUGGCAGGCAGAGCGAGAGGCCCAGCGGGCGGUGCCCUGCGAAUGUCUGGUAGUUCGCAUCACGCCAGAUCUUGGCGAGAGGAUUGCUCUGAGUGGAGAAAAGGUCCUGAUUGAGGAGAUCUUUCCAGAGACCGGAGACGUCAUGUGUAACUCUGUCAACGCCGGCUGGAAUCAGGACCCCACCCAUGUCAUCCGCUUCCCACUAAAAGGAUACUGCAGGCUCAACUCUGUGCAGGUCCUGGAGCGUCUGUUUCAGAAGGGCUUCACCAUGAAGGCGUCCUGUGGUGGGGGCGUCGACUCCUCCCAAUUUAGCGAGUACGUCCUGUGUCGGGACCUGCGGCACAGCCAGUCCAUCACCAGCACCCCGAUCCGGAUCAAACAGGAGCCUCUGGACUAACAGCACCACACUUUAUUAACAGUUUACUCGCACCUGGAUCCUGCAGACGUCUCCAGCAGCUCAGACCUGAAAACUUGAAACUUGACAGGAAACCUCUGACCUCUGCAGACAUCUGGAAGUUAAAAUACACUUUGAGAGAGUUUCAGUUCAGAUUGAAUGUUUUUCAUUUUGAGCCCGAUGAUGAUGAUGAUGCAACACGGUAACAAGUCAAAUGUACAUAAAACUGCCAAAUGUAAAUAUUUGUAAGAAUAAUUUGAUCCUCAGCUUGUUUGGUGAAUAUCGUUCUGUGUAUAAAAUGAUUGCAAAGGUCAUUUUUAUAAGUGUGUACGGAUAAUUUAAUUCUUUUUAUAAAAACUGCCAUUUUGAAAAUGUAUAUUUAAUGUGUUUGUUAGCUCGUGUCACUAUUUUUCAUUUGUACAGAUGUAUUGAUAAAAAGAUAAAAAGCU